CCUCAAGCUAAAUGGCCUCCUUUUAAAGAGUUUGUACUUUUGCUUAUAAUUAUUUGGGAAGCCUGCAGCGUGGGCGACCCACAGCUCCUGGAGACGCCCUGGCUGCAGCGAGGUGAUUCCUGAGGAUGUGGCUGCUCACGUGGCUGAUGUUCCUGGCCUGCUGGGAAGUCGCCAGGGCUGAAUCAGGGAAGUUCUGGCAUAUCUCUGACCUGCACCUGGACCCCGACUACAGUGUAUCCAAAGACCCCCUCCAGGUGUGCCCGUCAGCGGGUUCUCAGCCAGUGCCCAGUGCAGGCCUCUGGGGUGACUACCUCUGCGAUGCUCCCUGGAUCCUCAUCAACUCCUCCAUCUAUGCCAUGAAGGAGAUCGAGCCGCAGCCUGACUUCAUCCUCUGGACCGGCGAUGACACGCCUCAUGUGCCCAACGAGAGGCUGGGAGAGGCAGCUGUACUGGAAAUUGUGGGACGCCUGACCAAGCUCAUCAGAGAGGUCUUUCCAGAUACUAAAGUCUAUGCUGCUUUGGGAAAUCAUGACUUUCACCCCAAAAACCAGCUCCCAGCAGGGAGGAACAACAUCUACAACCAGGUAGCAGAACUGUGGAAACCCUGGCUUAGUAACGAAUCCUUCGCUCUCUUCAAAGAAGGUGCCUUCUAUUCUGAGAAGUUGCCGGGUCCCAGCAAGGCUGGGCGCAUCGUGGUCCUCAACACCAACCUGUACUACAUCAACAACGAGCAGACGGCAGGCAUGGCCGACCCCGGCCGGCAGUUCGCGUGGCUAGCAGAUGUGCUGACCAACGCUUCCCGAGCUGGGGAACGGGUGUACAUUACCGGCCACAUACCCCCGGGGUUCUUUGAGAAGAAGCGGAACAAGGCGUGGUUCCGGGAGGGCUUCAACGAGCAGUACCUGGAGGUCGUGCAGAAGCACCAUCGUGUCAUAGCAGGGCAGUUCUUCGGGCACCAUCACACCGACAGCUUUCGGAUGUUCUAUGAUGAUGCAGGUGCCCCCAUAAACGUCAUGUUCCUCACACCUGGGGUCACCCCUUGGAAAACCACAUUACCUGGAGUGGUCAACGGGGCCAACAAUCCAAGCAUCCGGGUGUUCGAAUACGACCGAGCCACACUGAGCCUGCAGGUCAGGAGCCCUGGGUGUGCUGGGGCCAGAGGAGGAGGAGGGUGGGAGGGACCACUGCCUUCCGUAACUCUCUGUUAAUCCACCCACCACUGGCCACCCAGCCUUUGGAAGGUCAAGUUACCUCCACCCUUCUCGAGCUCAGGUUCAGAACCCUGGGGCCACCUGCCACCAAGUCAGGUCAAUUUUUCUUACUCAAAUCUCCUUUCACCCUGGAUCACUGCCAUAGCCUCCUUCCUGUUCUCCCUGCCUCCAGCCCUGCCCUGCUGUGUCCCAUCUGCACACACUACAGAAGGGACUCAUCUUUCGAAAGCACUGCUUCCAUCUUAUCUCUCUCCUGCUCAAAAACCUUCAGUAGCUCCCCAGUGCCCUCAAGAUAAAGUUAUGUCUCCUUGGCCU